UGAUGCUAAUGAAGAUUUGAAGCUGUGCCAAACCGGCGACGAAAAUCUUCCACUGGCCGAGUUGACGACGCAGCGCCCGCUUGCGACCGUUUCGCUCUUUCCACGCUCGCCGCCAGGCAGCGAUAUCAGUCACAAUGCCCAGGAAGGUGCCGAAGGACGGCCUUUUGGCCGAGCAGCUGGACAAAAUGUCGCUCACGGAUCAGCCGCCCGAGACCAAUACAGCUACAGACACGGGCAGCGCUAUGCAGGAGACUGGUCCGACUGUCGACAGCAGUACACCAGCUACACGCCGCUAUCCACUUCGCUCGCGACCCCGACAUACGGACUCAACUGGGACCAGCACCACAAGCAAAGUCACAGCGCCUCAAGUGAGCAGCAAACUCAGCGCCACAGCCACAGCUUUCGUGCCCCCUCAGCAAACGCAAUACAACACUAAGACAUCUGAUACUGUUUCCACGCCUGCAAACCGGGAAAAGCCAAAGAAGCUCAGCAAGAAGCAAAGAGCAGCUGCUAGAGCACGCGAGCAAGCUGGCACACAGUCCCAUUCACUGCCUGUUGCUGCUCCCAAUCAAUUGCGGCAAACAACCUUGUUGGACUUCAUCAAGAAAGUUCCGCACGAAACUCCUGAAGCUCCUAAGCCAAAACGACGCUACAGCGGUGCGCCUCGACUGCAUGUGAUGGAACGACCAAAGCCGACGCCGCUGUACAUGCAACUGGCAUCGCAGCCACCAAAGCAACGCUCUGCCCCGCAAGCCCUUCUGGUCGUUGUAGACCUCAACGGCACUCUCCUGAAGCGAUUGAAACACUCUGGAAGCAACAAAUCCAAACUUCGUCCGCACAUCAACGACUUCCUGGACUACAUCCUCGCCAACCACAAACUCAUGAUCUGGUCCUCCGCUCGACCCGAGAAUGUAGAAGUCAUGUGCUCCAAGCUCUUCACUCCUGAGCAACGCGAGAAGCUCGUCACAAUCUGGGCACGCGACCGUCUCCGCCUCACACUAGAAGCUUACAAUGCGAAAGUACAAGUCUACAAGCAAUUAUCCUGGAUCUGGAAAGACAAGUCCAUCCAGACAGCCCAUCCCGUAAAGUCCGAAAUAUGGUCUCAAGCAAAUACUGUGCUCAUUGAUGACAGUAUCGCCAAAGCUGCAAGUGAGCCAUACAAUCUGAUAGAAGUGGAGGAAUUUGAGGGAAGUGAUGAGCAGAUCGGGACCGACACUUAUCUGCUGGAAGCCAAGGCAUAUUUACAGACUUUGAGCCUUCAGACCGAUGUCAGCGCGUACAUGAGAGCUCGACCUUUCAAGCACAGUGCAGCGCCACAGGUCAGCAGUCUGGAUCCAGAGAAGACUUCGCAGGCCACGACUGCACCUCAGCACGUUUUCUUCAAGGACUGAAUGACAACCCUUCAGUCCAAUCUCACCCACCGUAAUUGACGGCUCGGCUGAGUCUUUGUUGACAGAAUCGGUUUGCUUGCCAUGCACAGACCUGAGUUGUGGUAGAUAGUCAGAACCCGCAA